UAUUAAUUUUUCGGCUAUCUUUCUUUGAACAGAAGAUAUAACAGUGGAUGGUGCGUCUCAAUUGAGUAUUUCAAGAACCUUCCUGUCGCUUCUAGGAUUAGGUAGACUUCAAUAAUGCUCCACAAUAUACAUUGUACCAUCUUAAAAUCUUCUGUUCAAACCCCCUUAGAUAAUGUGAGACGCCACAAGAAUGUUUUUCGAGAAUAAUGCAGGAUUAAAUUUUCUCCAACCAAUAUAUUAUUACAACUACAAAAGAAGCUUGCCCCAAGCCCAGUGUUUGAAGGAGAUACAAUCAGUCUUUGGCUUGUCCAGUACUAACAAGUCUAUCAUCAGUAAGUGGUACAACCGUUUCGAUGAGACGAAAACCAACUGGCGUUGGAAUGAAAGUCUCAGCCGCUUUGAGAAAGAGGUUUGGGCUAAAGAGGAAAGGGCUGCUGACGCGAAUCAGCCGAAUUCUGAGGUCGCACCUGAAAAUCGUGAACAUGCAAGUGAGGUUCGUCGCAUUGGGCCAAAAAUACGAGAGGGAGAACGAGAAAUUCAGGAAGUUGCAAUCACGAUUUCUGAUUCGGAAGAUGAGGUUCGAAGCCAAGAGACCCAAGUCGUUCAUGCAGACCAUAAGGUUCGCAAACGUAGAGACGGCCAGGUUCGUGAAACGGGAAAAGAGAAUCAAAAAGUUGGUUGCGAAGUACGACAUGCUGCGUCAAAGGUUAGAGGAGAAGACGGCGUUGUUUCGUACUCAAGAGAAAAAGAUUGUAAAGUUAAAGAGAAAACUGAAUCGAUUGAAUUUAAUCAUGAUUCGAGGGAACGUUCCUGUGGACUUGAUGAAUUGGACGGACGUGUAUCGACAUUGGGCGCGGAGCUCAGAAAAUACGGACCCUCUGACUGUAUACUUAUAAGUAUAAGUGAUGAGGUAAUUUCGGAAGACAAAUUUACAAAAUUGUUCAGUUAAUUCACACAUAUAUGUCAGUUAUCACAUUUGUUAUACAAGAACCUUAAAUUUAUUAACAAUAUGCAUCAAUCAAAUAACAUUUACAUAU